AGAGAGCUGGAGAAGCCGAAAGAGUGUUUUGUAGAACGAUUGCUAUCUACCCUUGAGAACCCGACACUUUUGUUCUCCCUGCGUAGAUCGCGAGGCUCUCAACGCAGCCUCGGAGCAUCAGCCGAGUCUGACCUCUCUCGACUAGAUGACUCACAAGGCAAUGGAACUGAAGAAUCAAUCGUAACAUCCAACGGAACGAACAAGAUUGAUAGCAACUCUCCAACAUAUAAAGGUCGUUACCAACUGGACAGCCAUUAUUCACUCAUUGUCAAGCCAGCAAAAACUGCUGACCAUGAAAGAGUAUUCAUUUGUAGGAUCAAGUCACCUUAUAGACGUCUCAAGAGCAUUUCCAGAGUUAAAGUCUUUGGCCAAGCAACAAAACCUGAAACAACUUUCAAUUACCAAUAUAAUAAUCUCCAUACUUUAAGGAUAAAUGCCACUUGUCUUAUUAGGAAUGCAUUUCCCAAACCAAAGGUCACAUGGUACAUAAAUGGACAAGCUCUACAGGAUAAAGAAAGAGGAGCUUCGAUACAAUCUGAAGUGUCCAGAGAUGUUGAAGGACAGUACCAAGUGAUGACUACUUUGCACUUACUUGUUAACCAGUCAAAGGCAAAUCAGUCCUUGUGGUGUCAAAGUGUGUUUAUUCAUCAGAAUAAAACAUUGCAGAUCCAGUCUGAAACAACGAUUGUCCUUGCUUCUCCUGAUCUAUCCAUAGAAAUAACACAACCGACAACUUUUAUAAAAGAAGGGGACGAUGUACAAAUCCAAUGCAAGAGCAACCUUCCAGCAGAUCAAUAUGUGUUUUGGUCAAACAAAAAUACAUCUAGAAUCUACAGCAGUAAAGAUGGCAAGUUGAAUUUGAGACAAAUAACAAGACACCAAAGUGAUGUAUAUGUUUGCAAGCCUGAAUGGUCAAACUUUGAUUAUUUUAAAGAACUGAACAUCACAAUACCAGUUCUAGUUAACUACAUAGAUAUCAUUCAAUGUGAUCGUAGUAGUCCAGUUGAGAUUGAAGCCUACAGUCAUGUACAGAUUAAAUGCUUCUCAAAUGCUUCAGAAUCUCCAGAGUACACGUGGAUACAGAAUAAUUACAGAGUUUCAAAUUCCAGUACUCUUGAUAUUGCAAAGAUGACAAAAGAGAAAAGCGGAAUCUACACAGUGAUCGCAGGAAUUCCAAGAAUAUCUCUUCAGAGUCAAGCUGAAAUUGUUGUAACUUUAAAAAAAGAUGGUGUGACACCUUCAUAUUCAACCACUUAUCUUGACGUGACCCAGGACACAACCAAUUCCACGGAGAGAAGUGAAGAAACAAGUCGGUAUACUAACACAACCUCUCAGACCCAAGAAACAAAUUGGUCUGAUAGCACAAGUUAUAUUCCUGAUGUAACAAGUGAACAUGCCUUCACAAACUCUUCUGAUGAAGAGCCAAGCUGGGACAGCAGCACAAUCUCUUCUACUGAAGGACCUGCUUCAUAUACUGACACAAUCACUACUUCUCAAUACUCUGGGGAUUUUAAUACAACCAACCCAAUUAACAACUCAACAGAUACAAGUGAUGUGAAAAAUGCAGAGAAUGGCAGAUUAACAGGGCUUGUCAUGCUGCCUAUAGUGCUGGUAUUUGUAAUAAUAAUCAUCUUUAUGAUCAGAAGAUCUAUUGAACAAAAGAGACUGGAUGCACCCCCACCUUUUAAACCCCCUCCUCCACCAGUGAAGUACAAACCCAUUGUGCCACAUGAUAUAAUAGAAAUAAAGAGGCUCGACUGAUAAAAAAAAAAAAAAAAAAAACCUUACCGUUUCUUACAGGAGUCUUUUUAACUAGAUAUUAUGUGAGGAGUAUUGACUGGACAUUUAUUAUAGAUUUGUUUUGUUAUUUUAUUUUAUAGAUUUUUUUUUUGUUGUCAUUUUGUGUUAGUUAGUUUGCAGUUUAGAUGUUGAACAGCCUUAAAAUCUUUUUUUUUUCUAUAACAAAAAAAUAGAGUAUGUUUUUGUAGAGAGCGAAAUUGGUGAAAUGAUUUAUUUUUAUACUAGCAUUCUUUAACAGUUCCUAACAUAUAUUUUUAAUAUAUUCUAUAAAUAUUCUG